AUGCACAUAGCACGAUUCUCGCUGAACGACCGGAUACACUGGGGCAUCGUCGAGGGCGACGAAGUGCGCGCCAUUGAAGGCGACCUAUACGACAGUCCACGCCCAGGACAGCGGCUAUGCGCCCUCUCUGAUGCGCGGCUCCUAGCCCCCAUAUAUGCCCAUGCCAACAAGGUCGUGGCUAUCGCGGCGAACUACGGCGAUAGAGCGGGACGCGACGGACCCGGCAUCUUCAUGAAGCAGCCCGGCACCGUCAUAGGCCCCGACGACUCCAUAAUCUACCCGCGAAUCGGUCGCCGCAUCAUCCACGAGGCCGAAGUCGGAAUAGUCAUUGGCAAGCAGGCGCGGCAUGUCAGCGUAAGUGACGCGCUCGACUAUGUGCUCGGCUACACCUGCGUCAACGACGUGAGCGCAAACGAACUCACCAACAACGAUGUAGGCGCCGGCAUGAGCCUGCGGUGGAAGCACUUCGACACAUUCUGCCCGCUCGGUCCCGUAGUUGCAACGGACAUAGAUGGCGACAACCUACGCAUUCGGUGCCGCGUGAACGGGCAGACCCAAGUCGACGGCAAUAGCGCCAACAUGCUCUGGGGCGUUGCCGAGCUUGUGAGUUGGGUGUCUGACGUGAUGACGCUAUACCCCGGCGACAUCAUCCCCAGCGGCUGCCCGGCGUCGCGAGAUAACAUCGGCGAUGUGUCGAGGUCGAGGUCGAAGGAAUCGGCAUCCUCAGCAACCCCGUCAUAG